UCUUUCAAAAUAGGCCUGCGCCCUCACUUUACGCGGACGUUUCUGUUAGAACGCAGCCGCACUUCCUGCGUACAACGCCAACGCCGAAGGCCUUUGCCCCAGAUUCUGCUCACGGGCUACACUUGCGGCUUCCUCUUGUCGGUUGUCGUCAGCAGCUGCCAAGCAUGCUUCCUUUCAGGUGGCACUCAAGGUCGCGCUCAGCAUCGCUUUCAUCAUUGAGGUCACCCUCUCCAACAUCGCUAAGCGAAUAUCGCAGCCCAGCUUUGCGAUUCGUCAGACUCCGGAGCCGUGCCGUGACUAGGUUCCGGUGGAAGCAAAUCUACGCAUCUCUGGUUGUCAUCUCCUGUUUCAUCAUGGCUAUUCUCGUCAUCAGUGCUUGGAACAGAAGGAUGGCGACGCACCCUAAAGACUCCCAACCACAACGCCAGGAGGGUCCCUUUGGACGCUUCGAGACGGUAGCUCCAGCUGCAGAGACUUCUGAUGCGGACUAUUGGCUGUCGUUGGCUCGGGCAGCCGGGGAGAAGCCCGGCGGGGAAGCGGCGCCGGACGCGGAGCUCAGAGGCCAAACGACGAUGCACGAAGCGCUCGUCCCCGUCGUCCAGCAGGACGAGGAGGACAACCCGCCAAUGGGCAGCUACGAUUCGCCACUGGUCGUCGGGGCAAACGGCACCUUAGAGUGCGACACCCCGCAGUGCGGCAAGAUUAAGCAGUGGUUUGAGGAGGCGGUAGUGAGCCAGGCUGAUCCGUGCAGAGAGCGCAACACUUUCGUGUGCAAUGCCUCUCUGAUGCUUCCAAGCUGGGAUGCAACGGCUGGAAAGAAUACAUUAGACGAACUAAUGAUGCCGGCUUCUAGUUUUGCAACCACAUCUGGCCAAGGAGCGACAAAUGAGUAUCACAGUGCAAAGGAGAAGAACGGCUUAAGCUAUAUAUCUGAGGCGUGUCUACGAUAUGCGUGGAACCCCGAGGAAGGGGUAGAAGACAUCCUCGCAUUUCUUUCGCAUUUUAAAUUGGACCUGCGCAACAUCGCAGAGGACACAACUGAGGAUCCGCUGGAGCGCAUGAUUGAGCUCUCUUUCGAGUAUGGUCUGGAUGUCCUGGUCUCCUUCUCGCUGGACUACAACGUCACCAGCGACAUCUAUAACGCCUUUGUUGUCCAGAUCAAUGUCAGCAGCGAACUGGAAGAGUUCUUCUGGUCCUUGGGAAGCUUGAAUGAGGAGGCAGUGGAUGACUUCUACCAGCUUCUGCUCAAACGCUACGCUCUCGUUGAAGACUCUGAGAUUGUUCAGCACCUACAAGAAGCCGAUGCUGAUUUGUACGACAUCCUGAAUGUAACCACUGAGUCCGGCACACAAGCCAAGAAAAGCAUAGGAGAACUUGCUAGAGCCACAGGUGUUACAACAGACCGCUGGAAUGUGCUCCUGGCUAGUUGCUGUCCUAACCAAUCUACGCGCAAUGAAUACGUGGUGACGAACGAGCGGUCGCUAGCCUUAGUGGCCUAUGUCGCUCGAGCCGGACAAGCACUCAGGAUGCGACGCCUGUUGGCUUGGCACGUGUUACGUUGCUUGGUCGCAGCGAAGGCCGAUGUCUUGGCGGCGCUCACCCACACGGGCUUGACAAAUCCUGAGAGCAAAUGUUAUUGGCUUUUGGAGAAACUGGGCGACAUCCGCUACACUGCCAUAGACCUUUUUGAAGGUAUAGACGCUGUAUCUACUCACACUAUCGCUAGUGUGGCGAGCUUCAUGGUUCAGUUCCAGAACGCCGUCGCCUCAGUAUUCAACAGCCACCAGAGAAACAAAAAUGGCGGAGCCACUAAACAUGUUACGAAGCAGCAUGAAGUGGUCAUUCCCGGGGGAAACGCGAGACAGCUUCUCGACGCAGAACGUGGUCACCCCCUCACUGCCUUCACAGCAAUCGAAAAGCAGCACAAUGGCAGCGCGAAGGAGCGACAGCUCUCUCUCAAAGGAAGCAGCUUCCCCCUCCUCUGGCUGCGACGCCUCCGAGCAUGGCAUGCCCUCCCGCCGCUGCUGCAAGCCCUACUUCCGGUCAUGGCGUCGUUGGCGGAUAUAAAACGCCUGAACGCAUUCUUUCGACUGCCGUAUUACGACGCCCGGAUAUUACCAGCCUACAACUUUGCUGCUCUGGGACACGUCGUCGGUCGAGCAAUAGCUCGCAAGGUGGACCACCUACGGCGCCAGGAUAAAUCCAUGGACGAACGUUGGCGGCGCUUCUGGGAGAGCUCUGAUGUUAUCGACACCAGCAAUAUUUACUGCGCGGAAGCUACGAUUAAUGAGAAUGACAUGUGGCGUCAGAAGAGGGUGAACGAAUUUGUCGCUAACGAUACGCUUCUGGACCACAUCGUCGGCUUGAAGAUGGCCCACCUUGCCCUAGUAAGCUCAACCAACAGGGCCAGUCUGUCUUACAGUGAACAACAACUGCUUCCAGGCAUUCAUCUGUCGAGCAAGCAGCUAUUUCUUAUAUUGCACUGUGCUUUGGGCUGCGCAAUGGACGCCAGCCGAGACACCCAUCACUCUAUUUACAAGAAUAACUGCAUGGUUGUGUACAGAUCCUUCCGACCUUUCGUCGACAAGCCAUGUGCACAACCCACUGACGAAAAUACGCUCAAUGAUUGUCGCUACGUAUAAGAGAAUAUUUAAAGCCACACAGCAAAUCACGACAUUGCGUCUUUCGGCUUGCCUUGUGGCAUACUUGUGUGAUGAGCCGAAGCAAUCCUUUAAUUUCAACCUCUGCAGGUAUUGUGAGAGCUGAAAGUAGUUGCAAAUAAAAAUAAUUUUGUUCGUUUGAA